GAAUUUACUGUGUCCCUUAAGAGUCUAGGAUACAUUCGAAAUUCAUCAACGCGUGUAAUAGUUUUCAAUUAACAAGUUUCAAAAUAUUGGCUGGAUAUUCACAUUGUCCAUAAUAUGAAAUUCGUUGAAAAACUGGUUUGCGCGAGCCAAAUUGAGCAUUCUUUCUACGCGACUAUAACACAAAUACAUCGGGCUCUAAACAUUAAUUCAUGACAAAAGUUAUAAAAAAUAAGACUUAAUAAGUGAAAACGAAGGUAGCCGGCCAUUUAGUUUACAACUAUUACCACGAGACCUGCUCUAUCAACAAUGGCGGGGAACCCAUUAGAUUGUUAUAAACCACGUUUUGUCUUUUAGAGACUUUAUGACAGUCUUUUGUUUCUUGCUCAGACUCCCUCACAAAGCGUAACACCGGACCACCGCAGCUAAAUGUGCAUGAAGCUAAGCAGGUGUUCCAUCCACCAAACUUGAUUGACAACUAGUCUAAGUUACUUGCGCUUGAUUGGCUUCCCAAGGCAAUUACUACCAAAUUUGAUUUUAUUUCAGUCAGGCGCCUCAUCAAACAGUAUUUUUGCUUGUAAUAUUGAGGCAACAGCAUGCCAGAGAUUCUCUGUGGUGAAAAGCUUCGCGUGGCGCUAAUUUGGAACGACCAUUUGAAACAAGACAGCGAAUCGCCUGAUGUUUGUUUAUGAGCUCUGCUCCUCCCGCCUACCAAAGAGUAUUUACACGACGCAUAAAUAUAAUGUAUCUUAAAUCUACUCAAAAUAUGCCAGCUCCACAGGAAUUACUGAGUUUCUCGUCAACGUUUUGCGCUUAAGAACGUCCCGUAAAUAACCAGCCAACGAACCCGCGACAGAAUGCCAAUUCGUCGAGGACGAUUCGCGCCGCAGAACACAUUUCUUGAAACCAUCGCUCAAAAAUUCGACCGAGGAAACAGUAACUUCGUUCUUGGCAGCGCUCAGGAAAAGAACAAUUACCCCAUAGUGUACUGCAGUGAUGGUUUCUGCGAGCUCACUGGUUUUUCUCGGAGCGAGCUCAUGAGGCGAAGCUGUGGCUGUAACUUUUUGUACGGGCUGGAGACAAAUCAAGAUGAUAAAACGAACAUUCAAAAGGCUCUGAAAGCGCAAGUGGAACUCAAGAAAGAAAUAAUGUUCUACAAAAAGAACGGAUCCCCAUUUUGGUGCUUAUUAGACAUUGUUCCAAUUAAGAACGAAAAAGGCAACGUGGUACUCUUUCUUGCUUCACACAAAGACAUUACCAAGCGAAAAAUAAGUGGAGAGUUCUCUGAACAGGAUGUGGCCCCUUUGGGUAAUUCAUCUCCAAAGCUGUCGAGAUCUCGUUCAAGGAAAUUCAGCAGAGAUGUUCUUCUCCACCUGUCAAGACAAUACCAACAGAGUACAAGUCCAGCAAACAAAACCAAUCCACGAAGACCCAUCAAGAGAGCGCGGUCCUUUUCUUUUAAUUCCGAGCGACUACCACAGUACAAGCGAGAAUCAGACAAGAAAUCCAAGUUCCUUUUCUUGCACUAUAGCGCCACCAAAGGAUUUUGGGAUUGGUGGAUUCUUAUCUUGACGACGUACAUUGCCAUCAUGAUCCCUUAUAAUGUGGCCUUCAGGAGAAAUGACCGGAAAAGGGACCUGAUCAUAUUCGACAUGGUGAUCGAAUUGUUCUUCAUAAUGGACAUUGUGGUGCAUUUUAGAACUUCGUUCGUGGAUUUAAGUGGAAGGAUUAUUUAUGACCAGAAAAAGAUUGCCAUUCAUUACUUGAAGGGAUGGUUUAUUUUAGACUUUCUGGCCGCGCUACCAUUCGAAGCUUUGUAUUUUGUUAAUCAUACUUGGGCAAGCACGGCCUUUGAUAGGAAAGGUUCAACAUUUAACGAGGGCUUUCUUAUUCAACUUCUCAAAUGUGGACGACUCCUUCGUCUGUUCCGUGUGGUGCGUAAGCUGCAUCGUUAUACAGAAUACAGCGCCAUACUCCUUACUCUUCUAAUGAUUGCGUUUGCGAUGAUGGCUCAUUGGCUCGCCUGUAUCUGGUACGUGAUUGGCUUAUCCGAAGUAUCUGACAAUUCGACGGUAAGCUGGCUUUACGCGCUUGGAGAAGCCAUCAACAAACCGUACGUUAACUUCACAAUGGAGACUGGACCCGAUGAAGGGUCUGCUUACGUCACUGCCCUGUAUUUCACGCUGACCAGUAUGACCACGGUCGGAUUUGGUAAUGUUGCUGCAAAUACAAAUGGAGAAAAAGUGUUCGCUGUAGUUACUAUGUUAAUAGGAGCUCUGAUGCAUGCUGCCAUAUUUGGUAAUGUGGCCGCCAUUAUCCAGAAGCUAUAUGCCAAUCGUGUUCGGUACCAUUCCCGCGCCAACGAAAUCAAACAAUUCAUCCGGGUACACAGAAUUGAUCAGGAUUUAGCCAAUAGGCUUGAAGAUUAUUUUCACACCACGUGGUCGCUUUCCGGCGGGGUCGAUACUAGCGAGAUUCUCACUACAUUUCCGGAGGAACUUCAGUCUGACGUAUGCAUGCAUCUUUACAAAGGACUGCUGGAGCUCAACCCUUUCAACCAGGCCCCGCGCGGUUGUAUCAAAAUGCUCUCGCUUCAGGUCCGCACGGUUUACAUUGGACCUGGUGAGGUAUUACUGGCACAAAAUGACGUCAUCAAUGCUAUUUAUUACAUUGCUAGCGGAUCCAUGGAAGUGCUCCAAGGAGAAUCUGUUGCUGCAAUUCUUGGUAAAGGAGAUCUUUUUGGGGAGGACAUCUCACGCAAGACUCCUGCAAAGCGUGCAAAUGGUGACGUCAGAGCUCUGACGUAUUGUGACGUUUAUUACAUAACACGUGAACGCUUGCAGAAUGUUCUCCACUUUUACCAGGACUUCACGUUCAAGUUCUCCGAGAAUCUUGAACUUACAUACGAUCUGGGAGCGAGUGAGCGCGAUAUCUGGCGGAGAGGAGGGUUGGACUCGAUAUCAGAAGACGAAGAAGAAGACAACGAGGGAACGGAAACGAACGCUCUUGAUGGCGUCUUCAAUCACGUGAACCACGCUAAUAAAUCAAACCAUAUCUAUGGCAACUCGACCCAGUUUAACAGAAGGCCUGGGCACAAGCUGAACCUGUAUAGAAAACCUAAUCAUUUUAAGGCCGCGGAAUCGUGGAGUGGACUCAAGAGAAAUAAUGCAACGGAAUGGAGGAACCGAACUAAUGACGUUGAAAAACAACCGCUGUGUGUUCUACCUCCGGAAGAAAACACUUCGGUACAGCAAUCUCCACGAUCAUUUAUUCGUCAACUUGCAGUCGAGGUAAACGCGGGUUCUAACGAUGAUGCCCUGGAGUCGUCACCGAAGGAAAAAUCUUCUCCAACUGAACCUUUUUCUGAUCCAAGCCUGGAGUGGGAUCAGGAAAACUUCGCGUUGAAAAACGACUCCAAUUCGUUCCAUGAUGAACCAGACGGUGAAAGUUUUGAAAUGAAAAACAUGAAUGUCGGCAUUGGAGUAUCUGUGAUGGAUGACAUUGCGGAGGAAAGAGAACACGACGAGGGAGACAAGCUCCUCACAAAUCACGAGUCCUCGGAGGAUGAAUCUACGGAUAACAAUUCGCAAACUAGGGACUCGCCAGAGCUGGCAAAGAGAUGCAGCAGUGAUUUUUCCAAGCAUCUUUACUUAGGGUGCGACGAAAAUGAUGUAGAUAGCCCGGUUUCCUACGCGAAUGGAGAUCUCGGUGCUAUCCCUGAGACAGAAAACAUAGACUAUUCGGCGGCUGGGACAGAAACGGAGGACGCUUCACGAAGUUUAUAUGACAACGUUGGAGACACAUCAAGAGAUUUACAUGAUGAUGUUGACGACACUUUAAAGGGUUUGUAUAACGGUGGCACUCUCGGGAGUUUAUAUGGCGACGACAUUGAAGACACUCUGAGAGGUUUAUAUGACGACGAUGUUGAGAGUAUUGGAUACACCGAUUUUGAUACCAUGGUUAAAGGGACCAGAGCUCCUCGUUUCGUCUCGUCUCCAACUCACAGUAGCUUAAACAAAAGUCCCAUCCAGAGCAUUCCUACGUCACCCAUAGAAAGCACACACGGAAGCUGUAGAAGUGGUUUUUCAGAGCUUCCAUUCAGAGGGAGCUUUACGGAUAGUUUCAAACUUAGCGGACCUACCACUCCAUAUGGAAGUCCCCAAGGAAUUCCUCCAUCUUCUAAUUUCGGAAACCCCAGGGACUACCGACAAAAUUCCGCAGGAAGUUCCAAAAAGUCCGGUCGGUUGCUUAGCCUUGAAAAGCCUGAUAGUCCACGAAAUAAAUUUGGGGGCAUCUUUUCCGAGAUGAGGGCCCAAAGUCCCUCUCCUGGGAGUCUCAAAGAGGGACUCUCUCGGGAAGGGCGCGCACGAAAAGGGGGUUUAAGACGUACUUUAACUGAGUUCAAUUCGCCUACUAACUCUUGCGGCUCUUUAAACGACAAACCAGUAGCAUCCUCCCGGAGGAGGAAGGUUUCCGGGGCUAUACAACCUCCCACGAUAUUUGCACCACUUGUCGCGAACGUGAACAAUCCUUAUAAGGAUUUCGUUCCUCCUGUGCGCGAGUCCCCGAUCACGUGUGACUGUGAGCCAGAGGACGAGAUACCGCGCGAGGGUCUGGGACUGAUUUCAAACGAUGGGAAUGAAUGUGACAUUUGUUACGAAAGGGGAAGCCAAAGUUUUAAAUCAGAAAAUUCGGAGUAUAAAAAAGAGGAUUUCUACAAAAACGCGCAAGAUUUUAUCACUGACAAACAACUCCGUUGUUUGAGUGGUAGAAGCAGUGCAGAACAGUUCGCCAAAAAUGAUGUAUUCUCUUCACGAACGACUUUAACAUCUGAGACUUCGUUUGACAAGUGGGAACCGCGCAGCGAUCCUUCUCAGAAAAUUGACGAUUCAUCAUUUGAGUGUAACUCCGUUAAAGAGCUCACCGACUGCUUCGAGCGUCCGCGGUCAUCAUACUCAAAUCUUCACCAGCGACCCAGCCUUUCUGGGGCUUAUUCGACGCAAUGCAUUGAACAGGAAGAAAUCCCAGAGAGCGACGAGCUGUUUCGUCCAAUGCGAUCUAGUUUCUCAGAGCCUCACCUGAGUGUAAGAAUUCCCGCGCUCGAUGGAAUCGCAGAGCACAGAUUGUCCGAAGAAGAAGUGGAACAAGCCAGUUUAGUCAGCCAGGACACAACGACUCGAGAUCUCGAGGAUAUCUUCAAAGAUGUCUCCAGCACCAAACAAGCCAUAGAAAAAUUAGGACUGAUUUUGAGUUCACCAGAGCCAGAUAUCUAUACAGAUCUCGCGGACACGAAAGAGACAGUUCAAAAACUAGAUCAACAGGUUUUAAACCUGAAUAAAGACGUUGCGUCACUAAGCACUGACGUUAAGACUGUUUUGGAGUUGUUGAAAAGUCUGAAAAAUGGUCAAGUGGUUGUAUAAUCAAAUCAAACUGGAAUUGAAAAAGUACCAGCAGAUUUCACAUGGAAAAACUUUGGUAACGAAGGCCAAAAAAAGUCUACAUUAUAAUGCAUAAACGCUGUCGCUACAAAGUGUACGUACAUGUAGUAGUUAUAGUUAUGAAGAUCUAGUUAUAGAUAUUAAAAACGUAAUCCUAUGGUAGAGCAUGAUGCAAAACAAGGGAAUAAGUUUUGGCAAGAGAGGAUAAAGAGUACAAGAGCUAAAUCUCGUAUACAGGCCUCAGUCUCAAGGUAAUGCCUCUGAAGCUAUUUUAAGGCAUGGUACCCAGUUCUUAAUCAGAUAACAUUAGGGAGUUUAGGAAAACCGCGACGGCAACGGCAACGGGAACGUCGCUAAACAAAAGGUUUAAUGAGCAGAACAAUGGCUUUGCACGUGCGU